AUGAAAAAUUUAUACGUUCGAAUAUCUCUUAUAUGUGGUGCUUUGUCAACCUCAUAUUUUGUGAAUUAGUAUUUUGAAGAGACCUACUUUCGGAGACUCAGAUUCAUCAGAAAAUUAGCAAGAACCUAUUUUAAGAAAGAUGAUGGAACAGAGCAGUUCGACGAUUAGAUUAUUGGCAAUGUUGUCGCUAGAAGUGAUGGAAUGCACCUUCAUUUUGGUAACAUGAAACAAUAUGUUGCGUAAAAGUUUUCGACACCUACAGCAAUCAUUUAUGUUUAAAAAGUGGAAGCUAUCAAAAAAAUAGUAUAAAAAGCAGCUAAAUAUGGAUUUAAAGUUACUACAAUGGAUGUUGAUACUUUAAAAUAAUCUUAACUUAUCUUAAAAGGAGAUCAAGAGGCUUACAUAUUGAAGGUUCAGCAUAAAGAAUAUGAUUAGUAAACUCAAAUUGUUAAAGUAGGAGUAGGAAAUAGAGUUUAAGAUGUGAAUUAAUUUUUGGCCUAAUAUGGAAGAAGAAUCCCAUUAGCAGGUUAACAAAGAUUAUUUACAAUUUUAAGUGACAAUUCUACUCCCUUGGAUUCAGUGGAAUAUGAUAAUCUAAACUAAGUUGUUACUGGGUUAGUUGCUAUUUCACCAACCUCUCAUUAACUUCAAACUGAAACUCCCACAGCUUCGCCUAUCAUCAAUUAAUUAUUUAUUGGGUAAUAACAUAGAUUUGGAAUUGUAUAUGAAGUUUCUUUAAAAACUGAAUCUUUGGAAUUACCUAUUAAAUAAGAGAUUAAUUUAGACAAAAAAUUUAUUAGCAAAACUAAUUUGUACUAUCUAUUCGAUUCAUUAAUUAAAUUAUCUUAAUAACAAAGAUAAAAAAUCUAAUUUCUAUAUGAUUGCUAUUCGAAUUAAUAUAAAAUAAUCUAAUAAGGAACCUAAAACCUUCCAGAUUUGAAGUAAACUCUAGAUAAUGUAGUUGAUAAAUAUGUGACACGAUAAUUGUGGAAUCAGAAUAAUAAUAAAUAGACCAACAACAAUAUUAAUAACAAUAAUAAUUUAAAUGAAGAAAUGACUCUACAAUUAAAAUAUCAGCUUUCUUCUUAGCAAUUAUUAUCCUGCCUACUGCAACUAAAAGAAUUACAAUUGAAAUAGCAGUAACAAUAAUUUUUAGUGCAAGUUGAUUUCAAAACUGGGUUUCUAACAGUAAACAUUAAUAAUCAUCUGCCAUCGAAUGAAAAAUUGUAAAUGGUCAAAUCGUUUACUCAUUAUAUAAGUAAUAGAAAAGGCAGAUUUAUUUAAUGCAAUGAUAAAUUAAUUAACAGAAUGCUCAAAUUAGAAACUUAUCCUAUGGAAUUAGGAUUGAAUUCUAUGAGAUUGGAGCAUUAGUUUGCAGAGUUGAUAGAUAAAAAUUAAGUAAUGUUUCAUGAGUUUUUAUAACAUACUGAGUUAGAUGAACAAAUUAGUUGA